AGUGGUUGAGAGACAAAUGCACACGUUAAAGCUUUCACUAAAAUUUCCUUUUUUCUCUCAAAGAAAAAGAAGGGAAAAGGAGUAAAAAGGGAAUCAAGUGUUAAGCAGUCUCUCCCUCUCUCUAGCCUCCUUAAGUGUCAUUUUCUCACAUAUACUUCACACAAACAAGCAAGAAACAACCAUUUCACUUCACACCUUGUCCUCCGCUCGCCCUUCUCUCUGUGUCCGUGCCUCUCUCCAUCUGUCUUUCUCUCUCCCACACUCUCUUAUUCACCUCCUCUCUCCCAACUCUCCAACCUCUGCAACUACUCCACCAAUUCAUCAACCCCAUCAGAAUAAAACCCUGAAAUCUAUAAUCCUAAAAUUCAUCAUCCACACCGUCGGAACUGCCCAAAGCUCUUCUUUCCUCGUCCACAGAGAACACUGAUAGAACAAGUCGGAGAAGAAAGAAAAGGGGGCAAAAAAGCUGUAGAGAUUUACAGGUGUUGUUGCUAGCCUGUGAUGGAGCUUUUUCCGGCCCAACCCGAUUUAUCACUUCAAAUUAGUCCCCCGAACAGCAAACCGACAUCAGGAUGGAAAAGAACAGAUGAAGAGUUAGACUUGGGUUUCUGGAGGAGAGCCCUAGACUCCAAUAACACAAUCACUUCAAUGGCAAAAAGCGAUACUGGUUUCGAGCUCUCCUUGUCGAAUCCCAGGACCUCAGAAACUAACUCUAAUCAUCUUCACCAUCUUCUCCACCAUGGCCACAGCAACCUAAUCCAUGCCAAUCAACACCAUCAUCACCACCAUCAGAACCAGCAAAAUCAAUAUCUACAUCAACAACAAGCACUUCAGCAAGAGCUUGGAUUCUUAAAACCCAUAAGAGGAAUUCCCGUCUAUCAUAACCUUCCUUCCUUCCCUUUCGUUCCCCAACACACGCUAGAUUCUUCUGCAUCUACUACUACCACUACCACUUCAACUUCCUUCCCUUCUCAUCAAAGUCUCAUGAGAUCGAGAUUCUUAUCGAGGUUUCCAGCCAAGCGAAGCAUGCGAGCUCCUCGAAUGCGAUGGACUACCACCCUCCAUGCCCGCUUCGUUCACGCAGUUGAGUUAUUGGGUGGCCACGAAAGGGCUACACCCAAAUCCGUUCUUGAGCUGAUGGAUGUGAAGGAUCUCACCCUGGCUCAUGUAAAAUCUCAUUUACAGAUGUAUCGAACCGUAAAGACUACAGAUAGACCUGCAGCAUCUGGCCAACCGGAUGGAUUCGACAAUGGGUCAGCAGGAGAGGUUUCUGAUGAUAUCAUGCAUGAAUCACGAGGGUCUGAGCUAACAGUGCAACAGGGUAGGCAAAGUAUGCAUCAAGAUCAGGAUUACUGUGGCCUCUGGAGCAAUAAUUCCUCCAGGGAAGCUUGGUUGCAUGGCAAACCAAGGGAUUCCGUUGGACACACACCACCUUUUGAGGAGAUGGACCCAAAAAGCUUAAACUAUGAAAGAAUAUCGGAUUUGAACUCAUCAAGCCUCACAGCAGGGACAGGGACGAGCCCCAAGAAGCCCAAUCUAGAGUUCACCCUGGGCAGGGCAGUUUGAUUUUGAUCUCAUCAUCUGGUGGAGUACUCAUUUUGAAAUCAUUAUAUCUCUGAAGGGAUGGAUGGUAAUGAGAAUCAGGUACCCACUUGGAAAUCAGAGAAAAGAAAGAAGAAAGAAAAAGAGAGAGAGAGAGAUAAAAGAAAGAAAGAAAGACAAGGAGACAAAAGAGACAGAAAGCAGAAAAAAGGAGAAGGGUGAAAAAAAAGCAUGUCCUUCCUAUCAAGCUUAAGACCCAAAGCAGAAGCAUAUUAUAUUCCUACGUAAAUAUGAAAUCUAAUUGAUGAUUUUUAUAUGUUUGCACUUCCUUCUCACACUUUAUACUUUAGAGAGAGAGAGAGAGAGAAAGAGAGGAGUGUCUUUAACAGCUUAACUAUCUUAAAGUAGAAUGUGAUCCCUUGGUAAUUGCAA